CGUCACUUCCGGUUAGUGUAGAAUUUUCAUAACAUCAGAGCAGAGCAGCUCAGGCUAACGCUGCGGCUUUUGUGAAUAAAUCCUCUCCAAACGGACACAGAAACACAAUGUCAGAUACGGAGGAGACUAAACCAUCCAGCCAAGACGGAGGGGACAAGAAAGAUGGAGAGUACAUUAAAUUAAAAGUGAUCGGUCAGGACAGCAGCGAAAUCCACUUUAAGGUGAAAAUGACAACACAUCUAAAGAAGUUGAAGGAGUCGUAUAGCCAGAGACAGGGCGUUGCAGCAAGCGCAUUAAGAUUUUUGUUUGAGGGGCAAAGAAUCGCAGAUAACCAAACUCCAAAAGAGUUGGGGAUGGAGGAUGAAGAUGUGAUCGAGGUUUAUCAGGAACAGACUGGCGGACUCUGGAACAAUUAAUUUUCCCCAUCACCUUUUCCCACCUUUUUUCUUAAUUUUGUAUUUUAUUUUGUAUGUAUUAUGAUGUACCUUUUGUUUAUUUUCAAACCAUCUGCAUCAGCGUAUCUCCAAUCAGGGCUUUGGAGAGAGACAUCAAAGGAAUGAAUCAAGCAAUACAUUGUUUUUUCUCUACAAAUUUUCCAGACUAUUCCUCACCUAAAGGACUGUAGACUUGGACUGGAAUAGAGCUGCUUUGCUGGGUUGCUUUUUCAAACUUGCUGGAAGAAAAUUGACAAUAAUUAUUACCAGAUUGUUACAUUGUGUUUAGUUAGAAUAUUUACUUUUUUUUAAAUUGGCUGUUAACGUUUUGAAGGAGAAGUAUAGAUUUCCAUCUUUUCCGUUGAAUCUGCCCAAGAACAUGCAAAUUAGAACUCAUCAACUUUAAACAGUUUGCAGUGUUCCGAAGUUAUUCCUCACUUACCUUAUGAGCAUUCAGAGCAUCCUAAUUAUUCACCACAGUGAGGUUAUAAGAGCAGAAUUUGCUGUCAUAGUAAAGCUAACAACAAGCAUGCAUUGUUGCACUUCCUGAUUAGAUGCAGACGGUACACGGCAGACUUAUUUUGACCUCAAGAGCUGCUUAUAAAAUAUAUCUGUACUGGGGCAAGACACAUUUUGCUCAAAUACGUGAGACAAAUUAGGUACAGGGUCCAUAAUUUCUGUAAUCUAGUCAUUUUUAUGAUAAUUUUGUUCAAAUAAUGUAAAGUACUUCUCCUUUAAAAUUAUUUUUAUAGCUCAUUUUCAAAAUAAAAGCCCGCAUUUCUGUUCUGCCGUACCUCUGUGUUUCUUAUAAACGGGUAAAUUGGCUGCUAUAGUUAAUGUUUGGGCUUUGCUUUUCAACAUCUAUUAAAAUAACAUUGUGAUGGUUGUGUCCAUAAUAUUCCUUCUGUAGUUUGCUGCUAGAUGUUAUAAGUUGUCACCUGUUUAUAUUUGCUUUGUUUUAAAAUUCGGGACACGUGUUUUGCAUACAGCUUGAAUAAGUUAUCUUGAAGUUAUCCAGAAAUGGUAUAAUCUACAUGUUUCAGGGUGUAAUUUAAUUUCUGUUUUGGCUGCAAAGUUGACUUAUUGUUCUGAAAAAAUGUGAUAAAGUUUACAAAAAAUUCAAAAACAAAAUCUUUUAUAUUAUUUUUCUCACAAUAUCAACAGUGGAUUUUCUGAGAGGCUUUGUACAUUGUAAUGUCCCAUCUCGCUCCAGUUCAACACUGCAUUCAUCUACUUGUACAAAUCCAUGUAUUUAUCAUGUCUGUUCAACUCUUUGGUCGCUUUUUAACUGUGUUACUUGUAUAUGUGUGAUACUAUUAGACAGAAUUUCUCAUGUAA